AUGGUGGAGGUGUUCGAGAGGCGGGCUAGGGAGCCUACGGGGCCGAUCAAGGCACCUCGCACCUACCCAGGCCCAGCCAGCUCCUUCGACCGCGUCACCAGGUUGCACUCGCGACCUCGUCAGCGGCUGCGUCUCUUUCGCGUUCCUCUCAAAGAUGAUCUCCUAGUCUCCGAGCUGCUGUCUCUCCUCGAUCGUUACUCGCCACGGAAAUCGUCCCGGGACUAUUCGAUCCUCGAUCUGCUAGAUAGGCUGGAGAUCGAGCUGCUCGUUCGAACGGACCGGAAACGCGCCGCUGUUCGACGUCUGGAGGAUCGCUCGGAUCUCGCGCACGUCGGCCGAGCGUGCCAACCGGAUCGAGAAAGAGUCGAGCAGGAAGAGAUCGAGAAGAAGACCGAGGAGGUUAAGUGGUGCAGGGAAGAAACAGUGGUGCGAGAGAGAGGAGUGCUUUCGGCAAAGUUAAAGGUUCGGUUGGAGCCCAGGAAGGGCUCCGUUCAAAGGAACGAGACUGGCGAGCGCAAUGUGGCAAAGCGGCGGCAUGGGCGCCCAUGCGGCCAACAAUCCAUGGAUGAAAUUAAUGGGCAUUGUCCACAAGGAGAGAAGGCAUCACGACUCGGGCUCUGCCGCUGCCGCCGCUUCCGGUGUUCAGGGCUCUGCGACUACUGGCAGCAACGACCGGACGCUCAAUCAUUUACAUUCUACAAUAUUGUUGACGCUGUAGCAAAUAUCCUCCAAGGCAAUGUUAUUGAUACUCUGGUGCCAGAGGGACCUGAGAUAUCCGAUGAAUCUACCUGCAACGUCAGCACAAUGUCGUGA